AUGAAGGAGAAUGAAGAAGAAAUGGUUCUUAUACAAAGAGAAUACAACAGACACAAAGAAGCCAUAUAUAAGUUUAAAAUGAGAGAAAGAAACUUUGAGAUGAAGAAUAUGGGAUACAAUCUUUCGAUUGAUAUUUUUGGAGAAGACAUAGAACUGCUACAGACAUUCUUUGGAUAUGCAGAUGCAUUAGGAAUAAGCACAUGCAAAAUACACGAGCACAUUGCUACUGCAAUAAUAUCUGCAAAUGUACCUGUUGUUCAAAAUAUUUAUAGGAUCAUGCUCGAAAGAAUUAGAGAUGAAGCAAUUAUUCUUUCUGAGAUUGUAAAGUGCACCGACAAUAUUGAUUUGUACACUAAUAAACAAAAUAUUUGA